GCAGAAGAGAAUCUCAAAUCCGGCUCGAUGUUCCACGAGUUGAGGGCGAUCAGCGCGAAUGGGGCAACUGGAUGGAGUACCAAUUGAAUCGCGGCACCGAUUUGAUUCUCAGUACGUUCGUGAUCUUUGAAACGCUGAGACGCGUUCGACGAGUGCCGUUUGUUAGCGUGGCGCCGUUCUCAAGAUUUUAACGGAUUCGUUUUUUGAGUCUCCUAAGCGAUUCGCGUGUUCUGCUUGAAAAAAUCUACCCACAUCCUUGUGUCAUCAAGGAACCCCGAAUCGUGGUAUAUGGUAGCGUGCACAUUUUAACCCCGCGCUUCGUUUUCCGAGGGUUGUUCUCGUGCUUGUGUGUGCUGUGUCGGUGUGCGCUGAGUGAAAACAGGAUUAGACAGAAAAACGGUUUCCACGAGAAAGGAUAAUAAGCAAAAAAUGCAAUAAUUUAUAACUGCUUGGGUGAUUAGGGACGCCACAGAACGAGCAACGCUGGUGUUCUGGCAUUUCCUUCCUUCGACCGCUCAACAGGAUCACAUAUGUGCUGCUGCUGCUGGGACAUGGUGACUAGAAUAAUGAUUAUGCUAUGGGGUGGCUGAAAGCAAAGUUGAUGAUGACAAUGAUAAUGAUUAUGAUAGCUGUCUGAGUGGAUGAAUACACCGUUAUACAUAUACCGCCCCGAGGACGAGUGGUGUCCUGACAACGUUACACUCUGUGGUGUGCAAGCGACAACCGGAAGUGAAAGGAAAAAGUGAGGUGAUAUUAGAGAUGGAAAUUGCUGUAUUCAAUUCGAUUCUUGUCAUCGGCGGUGAUUCGAGUGGAGUGCUUUCUGAUUAUUCGAAAUUGAUAAUUGUGUGCAAAAUGUAUUGAUGGUAUAGAAUGUCUGUACAGAAAAUCAUAACGAAAGUGUCAGUGUCAGUGAAAAGUGAUUUUAAGUGAUCCUCUGAGGUUACGACCGCUGCUUUGCGAGAAAAGGAGAUUAAACGCUUCGAGGAGUAGAGUGUUAACGUCCAUUCAAAAACGGGUUUAAUCCAAAGUGCAUUUUCGUCUGGUGUUAUCAUGGACAAUGCAGUACUCAAGAAACGCAAGGAAGCGAAGUGUCUGAGGACGAUGCUUUGGCAUUUGUGCUGUGCGAUGUGCUCGAGGUGAGGAAUGAAUGCAAAUGAAGAGCAAUCAAAUGACAAUUCGUUGCAUUCUACCCGUGGAAGUGAGUGAGAGUGUCAGAAAAUGAACUAAUGGAUUUGAUAUUUAGAAACGAAAGAAAAAAGAACACGGAAAAGCGCAGAAAUUCCGCAAAGAUGUAUUUAUGUUAGUGAUUGACCCAUUUCUCUCCAAACAAGGCAAGGCGAAACUGACAUGUGAUGACAUCCUGCCGAGAACGUGCGGAUCGUCAGGGAAUAGUCCUGAGAAAAAUAUUGCAGGGCUUUCCUACAGUGGCAUCCAACAAAAUUCGCAUUAGAGAAAGGUUAAACCGAAGUGCAAUAAAAAAGUUCAACCGGAAAAGUGAUGGCAACGGCAGUGGAAGUGGGAAAGCGAUAAAUAAACAAAUUCUCGGUUUUAGUAGGAAAGCGGAAAUGGUGAAACGAACAGCAACGUUGUUAGUCUUGGUUUUUCUGGUGGUCACUUUUCCAACAAGUGGAGCAAGCUAUGCUGACACGGAAGAUUUAAUCAAUGAGCUAGACAGACCAAUUCCCAUCACGUUGGUAAGUGGCGUACUUGGCAAACAAGCGAGCCUCCCCUGUGAUAUCCGGCCGCUGGAGCGAGACGAUGCUGUCUACAUGGUGCUCUGGUUCAAGGAGGAAGACAACGAGCCGUUGUACAACUUUGACAUCCGGGGCCGUCAGAUUGCUCAAGCACGCCUCUUUUCCUCGGAAAAAUACUUCGGAAAGAGGGCAUUCUUCCGCGCGACUACCCAUCCGGCCCAGCUGCUGGUCGACGAGCUCAAACUCACCGAUGAAGGGAUCUAUCGGUGCCGGGUGGACUUCCGCAACUCACCAACCCGUAAUGUUAAAAUUAACUUCACAGUUGUAGUUCCGCCGGAUCGACCUAUCAUCUACGACUCGAGGCGCCGGGAGAAAACCAACACCGUCGAACCGUAUAGCGAGGGCAGCGAUAUUCAACUGGUCUGUGAAGUGAAAGGAGGUCGUCCUCGCCCGAACGUGACCUGGUAUCUGGAUAACACCGUGAUAGACGAAUCAUACGAAACCCGGCCGGACGGAACAACGGUCAAUCAUCUUUCAUAUCCGAAUAUUGGGCGGCAGCAUCUAGACGCCCGGUUGAUGUGUGUAGCCAGCAACACAAAUCUGACUCCGCCGAAUAACAAAGUGGUUGUGUUGGACGUUAAUUUAAAACCGGUAGCUGUUCAUAUCUUGGUCAAGGAGAAAUUCGUUUCUGCUGACAAGCGGUACGAUAUCGAAUGCAAGAGUUCUGGUUCGCGGCCGGAAGCGAUGAUUUCAUGGUGGAAGGGAGCCCGGCAGCUGAAGCGUUUGAGCAAGAAUUUUGCCGAGAACGGAAAUCAGUCCCUAAGUGUCCUAUCGCUCACACCGACCGUGGAUGAUGACGGAAAAUACCUGACCUGCCGGGCGGAGAAUCCCCUCAUCCCAGACAGUGCCAUCGAGGACAAGUGGCGGCUGGUAGUGCACUAUAUGCCAAUUGUAACACUGAAAAUGGGAUCAUCAUUAAAUCCAGACGACAUCAAGGAGGGUGAUGAUAUAUACUUCGACUGCCACAUCCAGUCGAAUCCGAAACCGUACAAACUGGCGUGGUAUCAUAACGGAAAUGAACUCCACCACAAUGUCACAGCCGGCAUCAUCCUUUCCGACCACUCGCUAGCUUUGCAGGGUGUCUCACGAAUUUUGGCGGGUGACUACACCUGCAUGGCUGCAAACACCGAAGGUCGCGGUACGAGCAAUCACGUUUCUCUACGAGUCCGCUAUGCACCCGUUUGCGCAACCGACCGUGAAGAAUUGCUUGGUGCACUCAAGCACGAAACGCUGCAGCUCAAGUGCGAAGUGGAUGCAUCUCCUCCGGCAGAAUCAUUUCAUUGGACUUUUAACUCGUCCGGUGAGCAAACGGAGCUGCCAGCGAGACUGCAUUCGAGCGAGACCGGCUUAUCACGGCUUAAUUACACACCAACGUCUGACCUGGACUACGGAACGAUAUCCUGUUGGGGACGGAACGCUAUAGGAAUACAAAAAACACCGUGUGUAUUUCAAGUCGUUGCAGCAGGGAGACCCUUCGCGCUCCAAAACUGUACCAUAUCAAACCAAUCUUCCGACUCGUUGCAUAUCGAAUGCAUCGAAGGAUUCGACGGUGGCCUGCCGCAAUUGUUCCUACUGGAAUUGGUGGAGGUGCCUGCAUUGAGACUGGUCAGAAAUUUGAGUCUACAGCAUCCGCCGGUGCAAUUUUUUCUAGAUAACCUGGAGCCCGGUACCUCGUAUCGCAUCAUCCUAUUUGCAGCAAAUGCAAAAGGUCGCUCCGAGCCGGUGAUAGUGGAUGAUAUCACAUUUAAGGGUGUGGCCAAGUAUACUGGUGUAUCCAACGUUAUGAAUGUUCCUUUAUCGCCAGUAUUAGCCGCAUUAACACUUACGGUGGCGAUUCUGUUUGCCGUAGUCUGCAUCGUGUUGGCCACCAUCUAUCGACGACACGCUAGCAAAAAUUCGUCCAAGAAGCUGAAAUCAGCCAAAAGCGCUCAUUUUACCUCGACACCGAUAGACUGCCAAAUUGACUCAUCUGCACACCAUCAUCAUCAUCAGACCCAUGAUCCGAAUAGCAUCCAGACGCCCCUGGUGGACGGAAGUGGUACACUCGGCCGACGGGGUUCCACUCUAUCCGGCGAGCCACCGGAUGGGGAUGAAACGGAUCCAGAUGUUAUACCUAAUCAAUACGAGCGGCGUCCGCCGAAGGCUUCACUACCCACACCGUUGUUUCGAAGUCCAUCUGCGAGGCUUAUACACCGAAAUGGUGGUGAGCAUUUGCUCCACGAGGAGGAGCGCCAUUGUGAUGGGUCCAGUCUAGCGUCUCUGACUGGGCCAAACAAUGAAGUACAUCAUUAUUCAUUCAAGCCUAGCAAACAAAUUAGUUAUGCGACCCUGGGUCGAACGAAUAACAGCAGCAGUAGCGUCCAGUCGACGCUCAGUCCGCUCAGUCAUCAGCCUUCGUCCGCGAGUACGACGCUUCCGCUGCCAACGAUGGUCGGGGGCGUCGGUGGCGUGGGUGGUCUUCUGAGCAGCCCCGCGUCCCAAUCACUCGUCACUUCCACACUCAACGAGUACCGGUUUCGACCGGAAGUGGUUACGACAUCCAACCGAAUACAGGAAAGUUGUAUAUAAUAUCGUGUAAUGUGUAUAGCUGUACUUUACUAAAUGUCUUUGCCGAAAUUCUUGCGAAUGCGUUUCUCUUCCUUAUAGGUUUGAGAAAAUAUGUUUCCAUUUUAUAACGAAACUGUCAAACGUUUGUUUGUGUGUGAAACAAAAUUGUAUGAAUGGCACUGAGAGAUGAAACAAACGAAAAGGUAAUACUCCAAACAUUAUUUUAAGUAGAUGAAGAAAAAACCGAAAAGAAGCUUACGAUUUACUGUGUAUAGUCGAAAUAGGAACGACUCUCGGCGAAUCCCUGUGUAAAAGAAAGCAAAUGAAACUUAUGAAGUUUUAACGAAAAUUUUUAAUAGUGAAUUUUUCUCGCAGAGUGUUAGCCGACCUUUGUAAACUAUUAGAAACUAGUUCAGUAUUAGAGAAAAAGAUUGAUUUUAAAAUCCUCACAUGUUUUUUUUAUCAAGAUAAACGGACAAUGGACAACAUGGCAGGUUGAAAAAAAAAACAAAUAUUCAGUUUUGAAACAGAACGUAAAACAGUUGACGAAUUUGCGUUACUGAAUGGACAAUAACCGCAGAACAUUUGGAAGUUAUAAAGAAGUAUAAAGUUUAGAAGACAGGUAAAUAUGAACCUUCUGCGACUGGAUCAUAUCAUUUCUCACUCACAUGGAUUCCAAACUUCGAACUGAGCAAAGAAAGUUAAAAAAAGAUAAAACCACCAAAAAUUAUUUUAAAUGCUCCGGGCAAGGAGAGAAAAUCAAGCAAUUUUAACCUGAAUAAUUUAAGUUGAGCUGUGAAAGCAGUGUGAAAAUGUGUGCUGAUGGAUAUUAGGUAAAGUGUUAGGUAAUUCCUGUACAAAAACAAUAUAAGUGGAAAAUGGAAAACGUGAAUCGAAGAUGCUCUCCAAAACUUGUGAACUCUAUAUAGAAAGGUCCUGAAAGUACGUUGAAUGAAUCAAUACAUGAAAAGAGAAAAUCA